AUGAACACAAGCCGAUGCAUCUUAGAGAAUAGAACACACACUGGAGAAAAGCCCUAUGAGUGUACUCAGUGUGGCAAGUCUUUCAGCCAGAGCUAUGACCUUGUCGUACAUCAGAGAACACACACUGGAGAAAAGCCCUAUGAAUGUAACCAGUGUGGGGAAUCCUUCACCCAGAGUUCCAAACUUAUUAGGCAUCAGCGAACUCACACUGGAGAAAAACCAUAUAAAUGUCACGAAUGUGGAAAAUCUUUCAGUCAAAGCUCGGACUUUGUUGCACAUAAAAGAACUCACACUGGAGAGAAACCCUAUGAAUGUAACCAGUGUGGAAAGUCCUUCAUUCGAAGCACUCAACUUAUUAGGCAUCUGCGAAUUCACACUGGAGAGAAGCCAUAUAAAUGCAAUCAGUGUGAUAAAGCUUUCAGUGGGAGCUCUCACCUUAUUGAGCAUCAGAGAACUCAUACUGGAGAAAAACCUUUUGAAUGUAAUCAGUGUGGGAAAGCCUUUACUGGGACCUCUCACCUUCUUUCCCAUCAGAGAAUUCAUUCUGGAGAGAAGCCAUAUGAAUGUAAUAACUGUGGGAAAUCUUUUCGGCAGCGAUCACAGCUUGUUGUGCAUCAGCGCACCCAUACUGGAGAGAAACCUUACAAGUGCAGUCAUUGUGAAAGAGCUUUCAGCCAGAGGUCUCCCCUCAUUGUGCAUCAAAGAACACACAUUGGAGACAAGCCCUAUCGGUGUAACGUGUGUGUGAAAGCCUUCAGUCAGAGGUCACGCCUUAUUGAACAUGAGAGAACACAUACUGAAGAAAAACCCUAUGAAUGUAUUGACUGUGGGAAAGCCUUUAAUGAUCGGUCAACACUUAUGAAACAUGAGAGAACACACACUGGCGAGAAACCUUAUGCAUGUAAUCAUUGUGAAAAGGCCUUUAGUCAGCGAUGUCAACUUACUAGGCAUCGGAGAAUUCAUACUGGAGAAAAACCCUAUGAAUGUAAUGAAUGUGGGAAGGUUUUCAGUUAUAAUACAUCCCUUAUUCAACAUGAAAAAACUCAUGGGAGAGAAGCUGAAUAA